AUCUACUUACUUUUUUUCCCCGCCGCCAAUUCUUUAUCCCAUGGCCACCGCCACCGAUGCACCUGCGAAGUUUCAGCAGCCGGACCUCAUACCGAUCCCCCAGCCGCCGGAUUAUCACCCGGAGAUUGUUGUAUCGCCGGUUCACGACGGGCUGCACUAUUGGCAGUUCAUGGUGGCCGGGUCAAUCGCCGGCAUGGUGGAGCACAUGGCCAUGUUCCCGGUCGAUACAGUCAAGACCAGAAUGCAAGCCCUAGUCUCUUGCCCAAUCAAGUCAGUCGGGAUACGCCAGGCCCUCCAGUCCAUUCUCAAAUCGGAGGGCGUUUCUGGGUUUUACCGCGGAAUUGGAGCAAUGGGCCUCGGCGCUGGCCCUGCCCACGCUGUGUACUUCUCUGUCUAUGAGUUCUGUAAGGAGGCAUUUUCCGGUGGGAAGCCCAAUAACCCUGCAGCCCAUGCAGCAUCCGGCGUGUGUGCCACAGUGGCCAGUGAUGCAGUCUUUACCCCCAUGGAUAUGGUGAAACAGAGGCUUCAGCUGAGCAGCAGCCAGUAUAAGGGGGUAUUGGACUGUGUGAGGGUGGUUCUGAGAGAGGAAGGGGUUAAGGCCUUUUAUGCUUCAUAUAAGACCACAGUUCUUAUGAAUGCCCCUUUCACGGCGGUGCACUUUACCACUUAUGAGGCGGCAAAGAGGGGUUUGUUAGAGUUUUCGCCGGAGAUUGCCAGCGACGAGAGGCUGGUGGUCCAUGCCACUGCAGGGGCGGCUGCUGGGGUUUCAGCUGCCUUGAUUACCACUCCACUUGAUGUGGUUAAAACUCAGUUGCAGUGUCAGGGCGUGUGUGGGUGUGACAGAUUCAAGAGUGGUUCAAUAAGGGAUGUCUUCAAGACAAUAAUAAAGAAAGAUGGGUAUAGUGGGCUGAUGAGGGGUUGGAUGCCGAGGAUGCUCUUCCACGCUCCCGCUGCUGCAAUUUGCUGGUCCACUUAUGAAGCUGCCAAAUCCUUCUUUCAAGAUUUGAACACCACCAACAACAGCAACAACACCUAAGAAUCCCCAGGUAAUGCUCUGCUUAUACCUCCUCGGCAUUUGUUUGUCCGAACCACAUCGUGGGGCCACUAGGGCAAUAGAAAGCAAGAUUCGCAUUUCUGAUUUGGGUGGCGAGGUGUGGACUGUGCCAUUGGCGGUAAAUGACAAUUAGAGGUAGCUUUCCAGAGUUUCAAUAAGUUAAUCUCCAAAAAAAAGGAUUAGACUGGAG